UCUGAACCAUCAAAUGUCAAAUACAAUGUGAAAAAAAAAUUACAAAAACUUUCAAUCAUUUUUGAUAAACAAAAAUAUCUUUGAAAUUCAAAGCAAUUUUCAAUUACCCUGGGUUUUCAGGAAAUGCAAAUUCAGAGACUAAUUUCUACAAGAUGAUAAAACUAAAAUGAAUAGAUUAUUAAUGGUUAUUCCGUUAUAUAAUUCAUUUUAGAUGAACGUUGAUGAAUACAAAGAUGAACAUGCAAGAACAAUUAUACAUAUUGAUAUUGACUGUUUCUAUGCGCAAGUGGAAAUCCUCAAAAGGCCUGAGCUAAAAAAUGUUCCACUUGGAAUACAACAAAAGAAUAUUGUAGUAACAAGUAAUUAUAUUGCUAGAGAGUUUGGGAUAAGGAAAUGUAUGUUACUCACAGAAGCAAUGCAAUUAUGUCCAAACUUAGUCUUAGUAAAUGGCGAAGAUUUAAAUGACUAUAGAACUAUGUCUUAUAAAGUGACAACUUUGUUACAAAAGUAUUCAGAGAUUGUUGAACGUUUAGGUCUAGAUGAGAAUUUUGUUGAUGUGACAAAACUAGUAGAACAGAAGCUAAAAAAUACUGAUAGAUCUGCAGGUGAUCCAAAUCAAGAUGUUACAAAUAUUGUUGGUAGCAAUGAUAGUUAUUGUCAGUGUGGUUGUGAAAUACGAUUGAAAAUUGGUAGCCUUAUUGCUGAUGAAAUGAGAAGACUCAUCCACAACCAAUUAGGAUUAACAAGCUGUGCAGGAAUAGCUCAUAAUAAAUUGCUUGCUAAAAUUGUAUGUUCAACACAUAAACCUAACCAGCAGAGUAUGCUUUUCCCAGAUAGUGCUUUAGAGUUGAUGUUAAGUUUGAAUAAUGUAGAAAGUAUACCUGGGAUAGGAAGAGCUACUUCUGAUAUUUUGAAAAGUCUAGGAGUUAGAACCGUUCAAGAUCUUCAGAAUGCUGAACUGUCUGAAUUACAUAGAUUAUUUGAAAUUGACAAAGCAAAGUUUUUACAAAACUUGAGUUUUGGAAUAGACAACAGUCCAGUCAAGAAAAGUGGAAAGCCAUUAAGUCUAGGAUUAGAAGAUAGUUGUAAGUUAAUUUGUGCGGAAAACGAAGUUAAAGAGAAACUUGGUGACUUAUUGAAACGCUUGUUAUUAUUAGUUGAAGCAGAUGGAAGACUCCCAAAAACAAUAAAGCUCACUAUACGUAAAUUUGAUAAAUUAACAAAUACUAGUAGAAGAGAAACUAAACAAACUAAUAUAAAUCCUCAAUUUUUUACUUCUGGAUGUGUAUCACAAAUGAAUCCCAAUAAUAUUCAGAAAAUUCUGAUGAUAUUGAUGAAUAUGUUUAGAAAAUUGGUUCGAGUUCAUAAGCCUUUUCAUAUAACUCUUUUAGGCAUUUCUUUAGUGAAAUUCAAUGAAAGACCAAGUUUUAGAAAUUCCAUUGCACCUUUUUUGAGAAAAGACAUUGAAGUACAAAGUAUUAUAAGUAUUGAGAAUUUAAAUAGUAAUGAAUCCUCUCCUGAAAGUAGGACCCAUUCUCCUUCUAGUUGUAGGGAAUCUAGUGAUCCAGAAUGUGAACCAACUCCAAAAAGAACAAAGUUAAGCAUUUUCAAAAGAAAUUUUUUGGAGUAUGACACAUGUGAAUCUCCAUCAAAAUUAAGGGUGCAAGAUCUCCAGUUGACCUCUGAUAGUGUUCAAAAAGUCAGAUGUCCUUCCAGUAUAGAUGAAUCUGUUUUCCGCGAAUUACCUUUAGAAAUGCAACAAGAGCUUUGGUCAGAAUACAAAAACAGCCAAAUCGAUUAUGCUUCAUGUGAAAAUAAGCCUAAAAAAAUCAAAAGUACCAAUACAAUAUUGAAUUAUUUUGUAAAGCAAUGAAUUUUGUUGAAAAGUUUUAUUUAAUUUUGAGUGAAAUAUUUUCCAAGAUCAAACACAUUCUAAAGUAUUGAUAAGCAAGGUUCUGCCUUUGUUGUCAAUAUUAUAUUUUUAUACUUUUAUAUUUGUUUUAUAUGUUAUAUACAACAUUCUCUUUGAAAUUUGGAGCUUUUAUGAAUUUUUCAAUUGUUCAAAAGUAGAUGACAUAAUUUCCGUUUAUGUUUCAAUAAUUAUGUGCUAUUAUCAUUUAUUCAUUUUUUCAGUAUAAUAUUUAAGAAAAUGAAAAUUUUUUA